CCGCGGCACAGUGUGGAACUGCACGGUUUACGCUCGAUUCCGCAUCGUUCAGCGACGAUCAGCGUGAUUGACCACCUGUCGCGACACGUCCUCCGCUAGUCGAUCCGACGCGAUCGUAUCGAUCGAUUCGACGGAAAUUCCGCGUUCUGGUGAAUCGCCUCGAUUGCAAUAACAUUGAAUAAAACUUGGUGGCAUUCUCUUGGUCGAGAACUUGACAGACAAGUGUCAAUAACAAGGUUUUUCGAUACGAUUCGGUGAACACGUGAGCAGGAAGGAUCUUCGGGGAUCUAACAGAGUGGCUGCACGUGGACCGUGUCCCGCGAUUACGUGGUGGAAAAAGGGUCGAUGUGCUCGAUGAGAGAGGACUACCAUUAGAAAGCGGGAAGAAUUGAUCGCGGACAAAGGGUGAACCUGAAAUCGUCCAAACUGGGUGACGGAAAAGGAAAACACCGACGAGUCAGAAUGGCAGACGAAAAUCCACAGGACCAGCGCGUCCCUAAGGAACGAAAAAUAAUCAGACACUUACCGUUUAUCAUGAAAAUUGUGGAAGUUGUUCUGUCUGUAUUUGCAAUCGGAUUAAUAGUUGAUCCACUCAACUCGUUCCAACGAAUCCUGAUCAGAUCGAGGUUCAAACUAGACGAUGCUGCGAUCAUUUACACCACCAUCGCCGGUUACAUCAUAAUCAACUCCCUUUUUAUCAUUUGCCAUUUCCUCGGGGACAGAAUACCGAAGCGAACGCUGAUAAUGUUCGCCUCGGUGGGCGCGCUUCUACACAUCGUCGCUGGAAGCGUUAUUGUCUAUAAUUGGAGGAAGAUCGUCGGCCCUUACUACAGCAACAACGAAUUUUACCCGAGCAAACAGUACAUGGACAUGUUCAUAUCGGCAGCGGUGUUCACAUUCGUGAACGCGUUGGUUUUCAUCGUCGAAGUUAUUCUCACUAUAAGGUAUUCGUCGAAGAACUCGGAGUGAAGAGGAAAGAAGGAAGUAGCUCUUACGAAAAGCAGAAAAAUCAGUAAUGACCCAACCAGAGAAUUAUGUACGUACUAAUGACCAGUAAAAAUGGAUAAACCAAAAGAAUUUUGCGAUAAAUGAUCAUAUAUAUAUAU